AAUAGGACCAGUCAGAUUUCUAUGGACAGAGGGGAAACUGUGUCUUUAUUCGGAAAUAAUCCGGCAUACCCUGGGUGUCCCUUGUUAAAGCUGCUGUAAGCUGGAUUAAUAUGGAUUUGUCAUCCGAGAGCAUUGGUAAACCGCUGAGGUAGCCUCAAUUUAAUCCAAGGACUUUAUUUUGUCUACUUUCUUUUAUACAAUGUUUAUGGAUUGUUGAGAUAAUGUAAACAUAUGUAUACCACACAGUCACAGGAUACCCACUCGACAGGGAGGUGUGACUCGGACACCCUCUCCUACUGACCAGUGACCGGAGAGAACGCGCAUAUCCUCAGAUACCAGGGGACAAACUUUCGGUAUAGCAACAGUAUAUUUUCACGACUUCGUGGUGUGUUUUUUUUGUAUUUGUUAUACAAGAUGUACGUUACGUCAUCAUGGAUAAUGUGUUUACUUUUGGUGUCCGUGGUGAUUUCGGAAAAACAUGAAAUCCGAAUUGUGGACAAUGGGUACACUGGAAUAAAAGUAGUCAUUUCGGACAAGGUACCAGAGACUCCCGGACUGGUCAACGGAAUUAAGACGGCCUUCACCGACGCUUCCCGAAUUCUGUACUCUGCCUCCAAGAACUUCGUCUACUUCAAAGAAAUUACAAUUGUUGUCCCCAAGUCAUGGUCCUCAUCUAAUCAGUAUACAACCAUUUACGGUUCAGCGUCAAACAGCAUGGACUUUCUGGUGGACACGGCAAGACCGGAAACCGGAAACACGCCUUAUGUCCACGGACUGACAAAGUGUGGUGGACAAGGGUUGUAUGCGCAUGUCACACCGGAACUGAUGCUCACCUCUCAAUCAAUAGGAUAUGGUCCAAUAGAUAAGAUCCUGGUUCACGAGUGGGCCCACUUAAGAUGGGGAGUGUUUGAUGAGUACCCUAGCGUGGAACAGCCAGAUAUAGAUGAGAUCGAGAAAUUCUACAACGAGGACGGCACGUGGAAACCAAUCAUGUGUACAGACAAGAUUCUUGGCGUUAAUUUGCGCGAUUGUUCCAACUCCCGGUCCAGAUGUUUUGUGGAUCCCGACGGUAAACCAGAGCCGGACUGCCAGUUCUGUGUACAGUCUCCGAACAUCGCACAGGCCUCCCUGAUGGCCUUUCAGUGGAUAUCAUCAGUCGUGGAGUUUUGUGACGAGGACACAUCGUCUGUGGACGAGGAAUUACGUCACAAUACACGUGCCCCUAAUGACCAGAACCAUUACUGUGGCCAACGAAGUGUUUGGGAGGUGAUGCGGACACAUUCAGACUUUAAUGCGUCCAACACUGCCGGGUCUAGUUCGAGAGCUACCGAUCCUGUGUUUACCGUGGUCCAGGAGGGGGAGAUACGCCUGGCACUAGUUCUGGACAUCUCCAACAGUAUGAACGCCCGGAUUGUCGGGCCAUCCAGGCUGCAGUUGCUACAAGACAUCGUUGGACAUUUCCUCUCCUACACAGUUCCUGAUAAUUCUGACGUUGGAAUUGUUACCUUCUCCUCCAGUGCCCAAAUAGUAACGCCUAUGACGACCGUGACGUCAGACUCCGUACGCGAGAGCCUCGUGCAGAGCCUGCCGUCUACGGCGUUUGGAUAUACAGCCUUAGGAGAUGGUCUACUAAAAGGUCUAGAGGUGCUUAACACGACGGCAAGUAUGAAUGGCGCCAUUAUAGUACUGGUAACAGACGGGAAGGAGAAUCGGCGACCCUUGGUAGCUGACGUGUUACCGACCCUUAUCAGUUGCGGCGUCACGGUUCAUUCACUGGCAAUCAGCAGCGCUUCAGAUAGUCAGCUGACAUCCAUCUCCCAGGAAACAGGCGGAAGGAGCUUCUUCUAUUCUGAGAGUAGCACUUCUACGGUCCUACAUGAUGCAUUUGGUGUGAUCUUGGAAGCGUCUGGUGCUCCCAUACAGAUUGAUAGCCAAGGUGUUACGGUACAGGGAGGUAGUCCUGUGACUGGACAGUUCUACAUCGAUUCCACAGUGGGACCAAAGACCAUCCUUCAGGCUAUGGUCAAUGACACGUCAAGUGUGUCUGUCCGAGUAACAGGGCCGGACGGUACGACGUACACCGACACCAGCGGGCCUUCCGCCAACUCCAUUAACCGAAAUGUGGCCAUUAGUGGCACAGCGGCCGCUGGUCGUUAUACAUACACAAUAACGUCCGAUACAGAUCUGAAAGGCACAGUCAGCAUACAGUCCGAACGAAAGGACAGUGGCUCGGACGGUCUUAUUGUACGAUCAUGGACAUCUAACCAACAGUACAGUUACGGACAAACCUCGACCUUCACUGUCCAUGCCUCCGUGCUGAAGGACAAAACACCAGUGUUGAGAUCGACAGUAUCGGCCAAUCUGGAGAACGAGGACGGCGUGGGUGUAGUUAUUGUCCUCAGGGAUGAUGGCAUCGGGUCUGACCUAAUGGCUGAUGACGGGGUGUACUCAGGCACUGUUCUUCCCAGGUACGUGACCCUUGAUGGCCGUCUCAGUGUCAAGGUCACUGCUGUAAACACAGACGGAACAGCCAAGGUACUGACUUCUACUUCCGGGAGUGGUGCAGCGCCCAUCAGUGGCAGUGGUAACACGGUGACCCUUGGCAACCAGGAGAACUUCCAGCGCGUGUCCCAGACUGGCGAGGUGGUUGUUCAGGACUAUGUUCCUGGGCCAAUACCAGACGUUAUAUCCCCGGCCAAAAUCACAACUCUCACGCUGACGUCAGUUGAUGAUGCUUCCGGUGUCAUAAAAGUCACGUGGAAAGCUGUCGGUGAUGACAUAGAUGAUGGAACAGCCACAGUGUAUGACGUUCGGUUGUCAACUGACUUUAACGCUCUUAGGACAAUUCCAGGGGGCGCCACAAAACUGACAUCUCAGGUACCUACUCCCAAAGCUUCAGGACAAACCGAAACAUUUACAUUUACACUUCCGUCCCUAACACGUGACAGUCGGACCUACUACCUGGCUAUUCGCGCCACAGACAACAAUCAAAAUACCGGAGAACUCUCCAACAUUGUAUCCUUUUCUCUCCUGACUGACGUCAACUGGUUCCCCACCACCACAACACCUGUCCCGACCACAACCACAGUUACUACCGUCGUCCCCAGGGUGGAGCACACUUCUGACCAGUCUGUCCUGAUUGGUCUCUCUACGGCAGCAGGCGUGGCUGCGAUUGGACUAAUUUUGUUUGGGUUAAGCAUGUCUUGCUGGUUUGGAAAAUGGAAGAGACCUCCGCCACGAAGACAUUUUCACGAUGACGUGGAGUCCGGGUACUCAUCGUCAAGACGACACACGCGGAAGGGGCGUUCGAAACGAAAGAGACGUUACCAUAAUCAUCAUACAGAAGAUAUACGGGAUUAUAAACGCAGUCGACAUAAACAAGAUUAUAUGGAUGUGUACUCGGUACCAGGUCCAGCACCGUACGACUAUCCACACACAGGACAGAGUUCGUCCUAUAGUAACAGUAUACCAUAUACCAUGUACCGCUAGUCCAACGUCACAGAUGCCGUCUGUACUAUAUUUAAUUGUGGUAUGCUGAGGUGGUCUUGCAAAGUUCAAUUUCAUUGAUCUCAAUGUGAAAUAUUGCUCAGUUUUUGACAAAUUGUUGUCAGCUGUUGAGAGAAAGAGCAUUGUAAAAUUACAGAUGUAGAGGAUAUUUAACAGUGUCUUCAGUAAUACCAAAUAUUUUUAACGCGCACUCGUGAGAAAUAUCAAAAUAUUAGCUACACGAGUGAAAUAUAUUUGGUAUUUCUGAAGAUACUGUUAAAUAUUCUGUUUAUUACAUUUUAUAGCAAAAUAUACCGAUGCAGCUCAAUCUCCUCUAGAAUUCAUUGCGGUCCCCUGCAUGUCAACGGCUCACAAAUUUACGCUAAAUCGUGACGUUAUGUAUUCUUUAUUGCAUUAUGACGUCAUACAAUGUAUACUAUGACGUUGAGUUAUAUGCAAAUCUUGAUUUUCCCCAUUGUCGUUUAUAAGCAGUGUUCUUAUUGGUCAAAUCAGAAAAAAAUGAUAUUUUUCAUUAGUGAAAAAUAUCACUUUUAUAGAAUGAAUAAUUUUCGAUAUUUCACUGGUAAAAAUGUAAUUAAAUUUAGUUUGUAAUUAUCAUGACUUCAGUAAUACAUGUAUGCUAGGUAUAUGGUAUUUGAAUACAUUCCAACAAAGUCAGUUCUUGAUGUAUGAGUAUAGUAGUGCGGUAUAUGAACUACGAGAGACGGUCGAAUGAACAUUUAGUAUUGUUAGAUGUUUAAUGUUCUUUUCAUUAUUUUAUGAAAAAAUAGCUAUAAGAAUGUCGAUAUACACGUAAUGAAAUAAUGCUGUUGUUAACAUAGGCAUUAGUAUCUGUCUACGUUUCUCACGUUCACGGUUGACAGUUGAGAGGGUGUUUCGACGAAGGCCCAAAUUGAAUCAUAAAAAUAGUCAGUUUGAAAAAAAAAAUAUAGUGUACAACUGACGUUCCUUUCGUGUCCAAAAGAUAAUUAUAAUAUAACGAUAUGCUUGGAAAUAAUGACAUACAACAAAUGUACUCAAACGUUGAUCCUGUAUAUAUAUGGGUACUGAUCAUGACAUUUGGUGACGUCGGAGCGUCUAUAAAUAGCUCACAUGAGCCUUGGGCUAUAAAUGUGCUAUUUAGAAAAACGUCGGCAUUCUAUUCUCACACUAACGAUAAAUUAUCUUAUGCAUCCUCUGUUUUUAUCGGACGAAUAAAAUGUUAGUUUGAUAUCCGAUUUGGGUACUGUUAUGAGGAUCAUGUGGAAGAUUAGCCUUUGGCUAAACAUGUAUUUUAUUCUUAGAAAAUGAAGUUAAUUAUCAUUAUUAUCGUUAAUUAUGAUAAAGAUAAUUGAUAUAAUACCGGUAAUAUAAUUUGUGUAAUGAGUGAAUGCUACCGAUUCCUGUUGGUGUAUCUGUACAAAUGUCGUAUCUGACGAUAUUCUAUCAUAUCUAUAUAGUAUAUAUAUAUAUUUGCAUCAAUAAAAUGUUAUACUUUAAUAGAACAAUGCAUAAUAUAGUUAUUCCGAAUAUUUAAUUAA